AUGAGGGAAGCUGAGGCCGAAGGAGCAAGCAAGUCUGUUCGACUGGGACGUCCCAGACUUACUAUCUCAUCCUCCUCGCACGAACUGAUACCAUUCAGGGUCCCAUGGUCUGUCUUUCCCCACGCUGCGACGCCCAAAUCACAUCGCAGCGGCACAAGGGUGCAAGAAUGCACGAGGUCAGCCGGCAACAUCGCUGCCAUGGAGACAUGCUCCCAGCAUGGACUUGUAUGUCAUCACUGGGACGUCCCAGGGGGGCUGCUGGAGGAGGCUCAAUUGAUUGAGUGCAGUGAAGAGAUUUACACACAUUUGCUCGGGUAUGCCAGGCUUAGCGCUCUCGCUGAUCUUAUGUCAACACUGCAGCAGGACAUCGACGUCUGGAUUCGAUCGUCGCGGCUGGUGGAGUAA